GGCAGGCAACAGUCCUCCAGCAUCAGCCCAUACCAUGGAUGCAGAUGCUCUACAGAAACUUAUUCAUUUGCUCCAGGCCACAGAUGAUCCAUUAAUUCAAGAACAAGCUUUAAUCACUCUCAGCAACAGUGCUGCCUUCUCUGUAAAUCAAGAUAUAAUCCGAAAUUUGGAUGGUCUUUCUGUUAUUGGAGGGAUGCUCUCAGACUGUGUUCCCAAAGUUAAAGAAAAAGCACUAAAUGCACUUAAUAAUUUGAGUAUGAAUAAUAAAAAUCAGGAAGAGAUACAGGUGUAUAUUACACAAGUUUGUAGGAAUGUUGAGUCAGCUCCCCUGAAUUCUGAUCUGCAGCUAGCUGGACUCAGAUUGUUGACAAAUAUGUCUGUUACCAGUAACUACCACCAUAAGAUGCUAAACUCAAUUCUGUGCUUUCUUCAUUUGCUUUCAGAAGGAACUGAAAGGACACAGAUUCAAGUUUUGAAAGUACUUGUGAACUUAUCUGCAAACCCAGCCAUGACAAGACAUCUCCUCAGAGCUGAAGUACCAUCAUUGCUGUUACUUUUUGACAACUGUAUAAACAGAGAUAUUCUGCUUAGAGCCCUGGCCUUUGCAGCAAACUUGAAGAAGAACAUGAACAAUGAAGAUGGCACCAUGAUUCAGGACCAAUACAGUAAAGAUUCAAUUUUCUUUACACUUUGCAGGGACUCUACCCCAUUUGCUCAGAAACUGGCAUCUUUGUUGCAUCACCCCGAUACAGAAGUGAAAGAGCAAGUUGUGAGAAUAUUAACACAAUAGUAAUUUUCUUAAAAACCAAAAUGACCUGGUGAAAAUAUCUAAUCUUAGGAAUGCUGUGCUAAAAAAACCCACAAGCAAACACUAAAACAACAAAAAAAACCCUGAAUACUACCAUAUGAUUAGGCACAAAUCAGUUACUCUAGAAGAGAAGGCGAUGUAUUUAAUAUAGAGAGCAUAACAAAUUUUUUUGAUCAGGAUAAAGGCAAGAGCUUAAUUAGUACCGAGAAACCACUGUACAUGUAUACAAAGGGGGAGGAGUAGUUUAAAACAUGAGAACUUUCAUAUGUACAGUGAACAUAUUAGAUGGCUAAGUCAAAGUGUUCUUCUCAAUACCAUAAUGAAUUUUUGUUGCCUUAAGUAUUUACACUUGUUGAAUAAUACCUCUGUAGAAUGGUACAUUAAAUAUUUAGCAAUUAGAGAUUAGACAUUUACAUUUUAUUAGUCUGAUAUGUACUAAAUUAAUGCAAGCAAAUCUUAGAAAAUACUGAAUUAGAAAACCAAACUAGCAUUGACUUCCUACAAAAUCAGUAGUUUCAAUGAAAACUGCAUAUUAAAGUUACCCAGUUUGUUUUUUCACCUGUACAGAAUAUAUUCUAAAACUACAUUCUCAUAUGCUUAGUAUAUCCAUGCCGUUUAGCCAAACUGCAGUGCAGUUAACCACAACUGUGCAAGGUUUCUACAGUUGAGAAAAAAAAAAAUUAGAUCUUGCUUUAAAAUUAUCAAUUCAAGGAAAGCAUACCUAUUUUUCAACAUAGGAGUCAAAGAUUAUCUGCAACUGCAGUUCAACGUUCUCAUCUCUAUAAGUCUAUAAGAGCAGUAUCAUACACAUUUUUACAAAAGCUUCCUGUCCUGUAGCAGCCCUCAAGCCUGCUUUCCUUGGAGAGCUUUAUUCCUUUUUCUCUUCAACUAGAACAUCAUCAGAGUAAGUACUUAUGUUGAGUUAGCUCCCAUAAAGUUUUAGUCAUCCAUCCACCGUUAAUUCAAAAUGAAGUGGAAUACAUAUAAACAUCACCAUAAAAGAACCUGAAGGAAGUUUCAUUGAUGAACAUAAAACAUACUAGAAAACACUUCAUACUAAAACGAGACUACUAAAACUUCCUGAACACCACAUCAUAAAGUAAAAAAAGUGUCAAAUGUAAAGGCUAGAAAACAAGUUUUCCAUCUUACAUUAUUUAUAAGAGAACUGUAUUAUCUAAACUGUUACAGAUGCUUAAUCUUUCUAACAUUAAUAUAUCCACUCUGCUGUUAAUAAAAUUACUACUGUCUUCUCUUUCUGUAAUUCAAUAGAUAAUUACUUUCAGUAGGUGACUUUGCACAUAGUUAAAACUGCAAGAAAAAUGUGACCUUGAAAAUAACAACGUAUCUAUACCCUGAUCAAUACUGGGAUGAAGCUACAUGUAUCUAAUUUAUCUACUUCGGUAGUUUUAACUCACCAGGAAUACAAUUAAGGCAGAAAUCGAAGUUGGCAUGAUUCCCAGUUAGAACCUGACAAUUGCUGUAUUGACAGUGAACUUCCCUUUCACCUUCCCACUGCUCCAAAAACUGCUUAUUUUGUAAUAAGCAUGUUACAUUACAAUCAAUCAAUGUUUUGUCACUUUUCGUAGUUUUAAUUUUUUUCUGCUUCUCUAUUUAACAAAGGAAAAUAAAGUCUAGGUCAGAUACCAAGAAUUUACCAAUCCCACCCUUUUCUUCUGACAAGAAUUUAAGAUUAGUCUGUUCUAGGUAUAUCUGAUGUAUAUAUGUUUUCUUAAGCUCAGCACAGGAGAUGUCUAUAUGUCCCUCCCCAUGUUCUCCAACCCAAAAAUAAGUUUUUCAAAUAUCAUCUUUUUGAUAAAGUUGAUCUCUUCAUCCUCUGAUUUGCUAGCUGACAGAAACAAGUGACCAUUGUCCCCUUUUCUAAAAAAAAACGUGAAAGUCAUUAGUGUUGGCUCAGUCAUCUUCUGGUCUAGAAACACCUAUUUUUAAAUGCUUUCUUCAUAGAACAAUGCUGUUGAGAUGUUUUGUAUUUAGGCAGGACUCUCCAAAGUGUCUUCAUGCAAGUAUGCCUAAUUUUUUUAUCCCACACCCUCGAUGGAAUCUUACCAGCAGCAAGCAAAGCGUAACAGUCACUGUUCUACAUACAACUGAAUUAAUAGAUGCAAACCAAAACAUAUCCCCUUACUGAAAUUUAGUGUCAAAUCCUUCUCUGCUAUGUGGUUGCUUGUCUAGGUAUUCUGUAUUUUAGCUUCACUCUUUCUUUCUGAAGUACAGAAUUUCAUAGAAUAGUCUAUUGAUGAUUUUGAAAACUGAAAAAAAAAAAACCCAAAACCAACCCAACAACUUCAAUUUUAAUCCUUCAAAGUACUCAAAACAUCCUGCAGCUUGAUGUCCUCCACAAUAUUAUGGACAUGUAAUAUGCAUUAUAUUAUCCAAAUUGUUAUUGAAGCUAUUGUGUAAAUGUGCCCCAAUAGAGACUUCAUCUGAAAUACGCUCCCAAAAUCAACACUGAAUGACUGAGAGUAGUUUUAAACCAGUUUUGAUCAAAUUCUGGUGAAUACAUCCAGACCAUGCUAGAAUUACCUCUUCAAAUAAAGAAAUGUUGAUGUUUGUCAAACAUGAAUCCCAAAGAAAUAUACGCUACUUUUUCUAACAUAAAAUUGUAACCCUCUGUAUCAACUUGGACUAACUGAUCUUUGCCUCCUCGUGCUGUUCUUUGUUGGUAUUAAUAGCUGUAAGAAUUCUAGGACUUCCCAAUAUAAAUUUUUAAAAGUUAACUGGUAACAGUUAAGAUUACCACAGUUUUGGUCCUAGGAUGAAUUCUCAUUAACUGGUUUUAAUUAGUUGCCAAAAGUUCAUGUCUGAACUGCAGGGAAAUAAUGUGUCUUUUUUAUUUAUAUUCAUGAACAUAAAAUGUAAUGCACAGCAAGACCAAAAAACCCACACAUAUCCCAGAGACCAAAACAAAUCAUGACCAAAAAAGAUAAUUUGCCAGUGAAUUAUGAAGAACAACAAUAGGCCUUUUUAUUGGCAACAAUAGGAUUUAAUUCUAUAAAUUAGCAUGGCAAUUUGGUACAGAUACAUUUAGCCAAGUUUUACAAUACUGAACAAUGUUAUAAUCUCUCAUUUAACUUUAAAAUUAUAGGGAAGUUAGAAGAAAAAAUACCGCAGCCCUUGCUUAAGACUUUAAAAAAAAA